UUUUAGGCAACGUUUUCUCAAUGCACGUUAGAUAAUGCGCGGAUGAUGUCAAAUGUGCUCGAUGAAUAACUAACGUCCAAUGACAUUGUGAACACGCGAUAAUAAUUAGCAAAAAACUAGAGAAAACACUUCAUAAAUUAUAUACGAAUCAAAUAAAUAUAAAAUUAUUAAACUCGCAAUGGCAAACAGAUAGUCGAGGCUGAGGGGCAAACAAGUUUAUUAACGACGACAGCAACCUGAGAAAAAGAAGAAGAUGCCAAUAAUAACAGCGACUACAACAACGACGUCGACGGGGGCAGCAGCGGUGGCUGCGGGUGGCGGCGGUGCGGGAUCAGCAGGCGCAGCGGCUAAAUCUGCUGCUUUGUUGGCUAAGGCAAUGCCAGGCAGUUCAGCAGCGGCGCCAGCAGCGAGCGAUUACCUAAUGCACCAACACCAACAACAACAGCAACAGCAGCAGCAACAGCAACCACAGCCACAGCAGCAGCAGCAGCAGUUCAACAGCCAUUACUAUCAACAGCAGCAACAGUUGGCGCCGGCGUCGGUUGUGCUAAAUGCUUCCCACCAGCAUUCACAUCCACACUCGCAUCCACAUCCUGUUGUCAGCUCAGCAGCAGGCGCGACAACGGUAGCAGCAGCUGGCGCUGCUGGAGCAAUCGCGUCCAGCGUUGCAGCAACCAGUUUUGCAACAUUUAACGGAAACUCAAGUCUAAAUUCUAACCUUGCCAACGGAAGUAGUAGCCGGGCUAACCAUGUCAAGAAAUUCAAUUGCAACGAUUCCAGCGGCACGGAUCUAGCUGCUGUUGGCAACGGCGACAGCAACAGUUAUGCAAUGGCUGGCAUGCACAAGCCAGCAACAGCAGGCGCAACAACAACAACACCAGCAACAGCAACCGCUUCAGCAGCAAUUGCUGGUCCACCUCUGGGCUUGCCGCCUCCUGCUAUUAAGAAGUCUACGUCCGCAUCGCUGCACGCUUCGCGGGAAGAUGUUGCCUCGCUGGGCGGCACCUCCUCGCUGAACAGCCAGGUCUCUGGCCACCAUCAGCCGCAGUUCAUCGGUAACGGGACAGUCAAUGGCAAUGCAACCAGCGGACGCCCAGUCGGACAUCCCAGCAGCAUCCUGAAAGGCAGCAAAGAAAACCUUUUGCAAGGUCCGUACUACAAUGGCGAAGGCCGGGACAGCAGCAUGGGCAGUGAAUGUGGCGCUGCCGAUAUGAAUCAGGCGAACAACGAGGAUCCCGGCGAUGGCCUCGGACCACUGCCGCCCAAAUGGGAGACGGCCUAUACGGAGCGCGGCGAACUGUACUUUAUAGACCACAACACGGGCACCUCGCACUGGCUGGAUCCGCGUCUGUCCAAGUAUCAGAAAAAAUCGCUAGAGGAUUGCUGCGAGGAUGAGCUGCCCUACGGCUGGGAGAAGAUUGAGGACUCCAUGUAUGGCAUGUACUUUAUUGACCAUGUGAAUCGACGCACUCAGUAUGAGAAUCCGGUGCUUGAAGCGAAACGUCGUGCGGCUGAGCAACGCCAGCAGCAGCAGGAGCAACUGCAACUGCAACAACAGCAGAAGCAACAACAGCAGCAGCAGCAACAACAACAGCAACAUGCACCGCCGCCUCAGCAACGCUCAAAGACGCCGACGGCAGCGCAGGAGGCAGCGAAUGCCAGGCAAACUCCGUUGCCAGCGGCGCCAAUGCCAAUGGCAGCCAAUGCAGCCAAACUGCCGUACAAAUUCACACGCAAUCCGGCAGAGCUGCAGGGCCAGCGGAUAAACACAACGCUGGUGAAGUCGACGCGGGGAUUGGGCUUCACCAUUGUUGGCAGCGACGGCAGCAACGGCAGCGAUGUGGAGGAGUUUCUGCAGAUCAAGACAGUGGUGCCCAACGGUCCGGCCUGGCUGGACGGGCAGCUGCAGACGGGCGAUGUGCUGGUCUAUGUGAAUGACACUUGUGUGCUGGGCUACACGCACCACGACAUGGUCAACAUCUUUCAGUCCAUUCUGCCUGGUGAGACGGCUGCGCUGGAGGUGUGCCGCGGCUAUCCACUGCCCUUCGAUCCGAAUGAUCCGAACACUGAGGUCGUGACCACCAUGGCCGUGGACGUUAUGCCGUGCGAGUCGGAUAAGCAGCGUCGCUUGAACGUCGACCUGAACAUGGAUGGCAACUACAAUUUUCUGGAUUUGUCUGGCGAAGGCGUUAGCAAAGCGGCUGGAAGUGGUUUCAUCCUGAUGAAGAAGCCGGAGAUUUACACGUUUUCCAUUAUGAAGGGCGCCAUGGGCUUUGGCUUCACCAUCGCUGACUCCGCUUGCGGGCAGAUUGUGAAGAAGAUUCUCGACCGCAACUGCUGCACUCAGCUGUUGGAAGGAGAUGUGCUGCUCGAGAUAAACGGCAUCAAUGUGCGCAACAAACCUCACUUCUAUGUGGUGGAGCUGCUCAAGGAGUGCAGCCAAACCACGCCCACCACUCUCAAGAUACAGCGCACGCCGCCCGAGCAAUCGGCCGCUGGCCAGGGCCUGGGCAAUGUGGCCAAUCUGCGCAAGAACUUUGUGGGCGGCACUGGCGCCGGACUGUUUCGCAGCAAAACGCCCACCGCUGAUCUGUACAGCACUCAGCCCAAAGAGGUGCUGCCCAUGCGGCCCAAGACUCCGUUGGUGGACACGCGACGUGCUCGCGUCCUGACGCCAAAUAACGAAUUGCAGCAGGCGGAUGCGGGUGCAUCCGUGGAGAACAAGGCAUUGCAUCUGCAGGGGUCGGCGGGCAAGUCGAACAAUAGUCUGCAGGAGCUGGACGAUAUACCGUUUAUGGAUCCCUAUCCCAAGAUGGUCAGUCGACUGAGUGAGCGCCUGGCCGAGGCCACACUACAGAACAACGUCGAUGUGGAUGUGGGCGAUGGAGGCAACUACAAUCCAAUUUACGGCUUGCCACCCAGCAUGCAGCCGCUGCCACUGCCGCUGGGUCAUCAUGAAUCCUGCUACUGCUACGAUUGCCAGGCGCAGCGCUACCAACGACCGCAGCAGCCGUCGCAGCUGGGCUAUUACGUGCAGCAGCCGCCAGUUUCAGUUUCAUCGGCCACCGGGCAGUACUCGCCGUUGCAAGCGGCGCACAUCCAGAACGAGCGGAUGCAGCGUCGCGUCAAUGAGCUGCUGAGCGAUAGACGGCGCGUGGGAUUCGCCAACUUGGAUCCGCCUCAACAGCAGCUGCAGCUGCAGCAUUCGCCCAGCUGGCGUAAUGGUGCCUUGCUGGAUGCCUCGGAGGAUGCGGAGCAGUGUGAGCUGACCGAGGUGACGCUGGAGCGCCAGGCGAUGGGCUUCGGCUUUCGCAUCGUCGGUGGCACAGAGGAGGGCUCUCAGGUGACUGUGGGCCACAUAGUGCCGGGCGGGGCGGCGGAUAAUGAUCAUCGAAUUGCCACCGGCGAUGAGAUCCUCAGCAUCGAUGGCAUUAAUGUGCUAAACUCUUCGCAUCAUAAAGUCGUCUCAUUGGUGGGCGAGUCUGCCGUGCGUGGUCAGGUGACAAUGAUAUUGCGUAGGCGACGGGCUCCGCUGCUUCAGCAAGCGCCGCUGCAGCAACUGCGACGCUAUCCCUACGAUGUGAUUGUCAGUCGGCAUGAGAACGAGGGAUUUGGCUUUGUCAUAAUCUCCUCAUCGAAUCAUUACUACGGCUCCACAAUUGGCAAGCUUAUACCUGGCAGUCCGGCCGAUCGCUGCGGCGAGCUGAAAGUGGGCGACAGGAUUAUUGCUGUUAACCGCAUCGAUAUUGCGGGCAUGUCGCAUGGCGAUGUCGUGAAUCUUAUAAAGGAAUCUGGGUUACAUGUGCGCCUCACCAUCGGCUGUCCGCUCAAAGAGGGCGGACCCAGUCCCGGCGGCAGCAGUGCGGGCAUGGGCUCGAAUACGCCACUGCAAGCAUCGCCCAGUUUACUCAAAGCUCCACARCAACAACAGCAACCGCAACACCAACAUCACCAGCAGCAACAGCAACACCAUCAACAGCAUCAACAAUUGGAAAUGCCAGGACUAGGUCCCAUGCCUGGCAGCUAUCUGGAGCGGGCCAGUACAAAUAUCGCAGCCACUCUCGCCCUGCACCAGCAGCCACAGUUAUGACUCUGAGAUCUACGGAUUCGGCUCUACAAGAGCUUUCUUUAGCUAGUUUAAAUGUGCAUUUUACGCGUGCAGUGCCGUAGUUCUAUAAAUAACUGCUAAGUAACCCCAAAGACUGAAUUUAGUAAGCAUAUGCAACAUUUCAAAUUUGCGAAUCUCCAAGCGCUUCGUGAAGCUACACAAAAUUGUCAUAAAAAUCGGUUUUCUUUUCUCUAUCCCUUAGCCUUAGUGACGACUUGCCUUAUAGCCUAGUUAGAUAUAUAAGUUAUUAAUGAAAUCACGAGCUUUUCUGCUAUGUAUAGAUCAAAUGUAUCUGAUGUCAUAUGAAAUGGCAUCAUUUUAACAGUUUAGCAUAUCGCUAUCUAUAUAAAUAUUAUUGUAAGAUGC